AAGGGAAAUAACACUCUCGCAAUUUAACAGUUUAGCAAUCUAAGCAUUCGUAUAAAAACACUGCUUACUUCUUUGCUGCUAUUGUCUUCGAUUUCAACAAACCUUUGUAAAUUUAUGAAACUGUUAUCUGCAAAAGUUAACCUCAAACGCGAUAGAAGACGUUUUGCCAAAAUGAUAGUCGGCAGCCUUGAGGAGUUGUUUGCAAGUGCAAAGCCAAUUGAUGAAACCGAACGUCUAAUAGGACGGGUAUUGGCCGAAUUUGACGGUACUACGGUUUUGUGCCGUGUUUGCGGUGACAAGGCCUCAGGUUUUCAUUAUGGCGUACAUUCUUGUGAAGGCUGCAAGGGUUUCUUCCGCCGAUCAAUUCAACAAAAAAUUCAAUAUCGUCCUUGUACAAAAAACCAACAGUGCAGCAUUUUACGCAUUAACCGCAAUCGUUGCCAAUAUUGUCGUCUGAAAAAAUGUAUAGCAGUUGGAAUGAGCCGAGAUGCUGUUCGAUUUGGUCGUGUGCCGAAACGUGAGAAGGCCCGCAUUUUGGCCGCUAUGCAGCAAUCAACACAAAAUCGUGGUCAACAGAGGGCUUUAGCUUCCGAGCUUGACGAUCAGCCACGUUUACUGUCAGCAGUACUAAGAGCUCAUUUAGAGACCUGUGAGUUUACCAAGGAAAAGGUGGCCGCUAUGCGUCAACGGGCACGUGAAUGCCCCUCCUACUCAAUGCCCACAUUGCUGGCUUGUCCUUUAAACCCCGCCCCCGAAUUGCAGUCCGAACAAGAAUUUUCUCAACGAUUCGCCCAUGUAAUACGUGGCGUUAUCGAUUUUGCUGGUAUGAUACCCGGCUUUCAAUUGCUUAGUCAAGAUGAUAAAUUUACCCUGCUCAAGGCGGGUCUUUUCGAUGCUUUAUUCGUGCGAUUGAUCUGCAUGUUUGACUCGUCCAUUAAUAGCAUCAUUUGUCUAAAUGGCCAGGUUAUGCGCCGCGAUGCUAUACAAAACGGUGCAAAUGCUCGUUUUUUGGUAGAUUCAACUUUCAAUUUUGCCGAACGCAUGAAUUCAAUGAACUUGUCUGACGCAGAGAUUGGAUUGUUCUGUGCUAUUGUUUUAAUAACCCCCGAUCGUCCGGGCUUGCGUAACAUUGAACUUAUUGAAAAGAUGUACAGCCGAUUGAAAGGCUGCCUACAGACAAUUAUCAAUCAAAAUCGUCCUGAUCAACCAGAGUUUAUGAGCAAACUAUUGGAAACUAUGCCAGAUUUGCGAACUUUAAGCACUUUGCAUACCGAAAAGUUGGUUGUAUUUCGCACCGAACAUAAAGAGCUUUUGCGUCAGCAAAUGUGGACGAUGGAUGAGGAGCAAUUGUCAGCUUCAAAAAGUCCCUCUGGAUGGGAAGACAAUCGCAUGGAUGUGGAAGCCAAGAGCCCAUUAGGCUCUGUUUCAAGUACGGAAUCGGGUGACUUAGAAUAUCAAACAUCAUCCACUACUCCGGCAACCACUCAUCACAUACAUCGCCAACCUUCGUCUUUAGCUUCUUCGGCACCUCUACUAGCUGCUACACUUUCGGGCACUUGCCCUUUACGCACUCGCGCUAAUUCAGGCUCAUCUGGAGAUUCUAACGCUGAUUUAGAUUUGGUGGGAUCACAUGCUCAUCUAGCCCAAAAUGGUUUGACUAUCACUCCUAUUGUACGAGCUCAUUCCCAUCAACAAUUACAUCAUCAUUUAAGCGUUGCUCCCGCACAGCAUCGUUAUCGUAAGCUGGAUUCACCCACCGACUCUGGCAUUGAAUCCGGUAAUGAAAAGAACGAAUGCGGCAAUAAAGUUGUUAGUUCUGGAGGCUCCUCAUCAUGUUCAAGUCCUCGAUCUAGUGUCGAUGAUGCUUUAGAUUGUACAGACGGCUCCGCAGCCAAUAACAGUCAAGUCACAGUGUCAGUAUCGCCAGUGCGUUCUCCACAGCCAACAACAGCGGCUCCCAGCUCAACUAGUAACUCAAGUAGCAGCAGUGGCAGUACUACUAGCACGAGUUCUAGUAGUACUCUAAAAAGACAAAUUGUUGAAGAUAUGCCAGUCUUGAAGAGAGUACUGCAAGCACCACCUUUGUAUGAUACAAACUCAUUAAUGGAUGAAGCUUAUAAGCCACAUAAGAAAUUUAGAGCCUUGCGCCAUCGCGAAUACGAAACAGCCGAAGCAGAUGCCAGCAGUUCAACUUCCGCAAAUGUUAACACUACUUCAUGCAUACCCACCGCCGCUAACAGUCCGGUACAGCAGAGCAUUGCUGCAGCAAAUAAUGCACAGAGCCCGCCACCACCUGCUGCAACAUUGGGCGUGACCGUACAGAAUCAAGUUAUGGUAGUACCACAGGCGGCGGCCUCACCGGUGGUAGCGCCAACCGUUUCAUCCCCACCAGCUAUUACUCACCACCAAAGCCAAUUGCAUAUGCAUUUAACUCGGCCCAUACCCACCAAUUCCAGCGGUAAUACAAAUGGCAAUACCACUCAACAACCGAUCCAGCAGCAGCAGCAGCAACCUUCUUCAUUGUCCAGCACUCAUUCGGUAUUAGCCAAAUCUUUAAUGGCGGAGCCGAGAAUGACACCCGAACAAAUAAAAAGAUCCGAUAUAAUACAAAACUACAUAAUGCGCGAUGCAGCAGCGGCUAACAAUAGCAAUCUGUUAGUGUGUUCCCCACACGCUACCGGCAAUCGUAGUCCGGCUCCUCAGCAUUCAGCAGUCGCAGGAGGACAUCAUGCGUAUGCGGCAGGUAGCUCCUCACCAGCUUCAAGCAAUUCGCCAAACUCCAACUGCGCUUCACCUUCUACUACCACAGUAACAUCGAUGGCUUCACCGCCGCCGUCAGGAGCUGCAAAUCGUUGGCCCGGACAUUCCGUUAUAACAACGACUAGCAUUAAUCAACGCCAACAGUCGGUAUCACCGAGCAGCAACGGCUCUUCUUCGUCGUCCUCCACCUCAAACUCAUCCUCUGCAUCAAAUGCGUCAGGUUGCCAGUAUUUUCAGUCGCCACACUCAACUUCUGCUUCAGUCUCACCACCGCGACCUUCUCCAUCAGCCAUGAAUACACCACCUCGUCUCUUGGAAUUACAGGUGGAAAUAGCCGACAGCCAACAACCAUUGAAUUUGUCUAAGAAGUCACCAACACCACCACCCAGUAAAUUGCAAGCAUUAGUAGCAGCAGCAACAGCAGCCCAAAGGUAUCCUCCAGCAGUCUCGGCUGAUGUCACAGUGACAGCUACUACGGCCAGUUCAGCGUCCGUCGCCACAACCACGGGCCCCGCGAGCACUUCACCACAAGUACAGGUACAUAAAGUUAUGUUAGAGGCGUAAGGAGCAAAAAGAAGUUGAGAGGGGUAGAGGGUAAAAAAAAAUAGAAAAAAAUAUAAAUAAUUAUACAGAAAUUAAAAGACACAGUAUUGAUUAAAUAAACUACUUAAUUAUAUUUCGGUUGAGGAACAGCAACUAAUUUGAUUCCUUAACUCUCUCGCUCCCUUUUGUUUCGCUCUGAGAUUUUUGUUUAUUUUUUCUCUUACUGUGAAAAGUACGUUGAACAAUAACUUGCUCUCGAGACUGAAUCAUCUGGCAAAAGAUGAGUGCGAAGCGUAUUGUGUAUAGAGAUUUAAAAAACUCUUUCUUUUUUCUUUAAUCUUUCUUUUUUCGCUUCCUUAAAAUGUUGUAAAUUAUGUCUUUAACCAUGAACUCUAAUUCAAGGCGGGCGAAUGCAACAAAAUAUUGUAUUUUUAGAAUAAUACCAUCAAACGUGUAAUACCAAGAAUAAAUUUUUUUUCGUUUGCUUUAAGUAAUUAUUUAAAGAAUAUGUCAAAAAAAAAACAAAAAAAAAAACAAAAAAAAGAAACUAACUAUAAAUUAUUAUAUAAAUUAUUAAGAAAAAGAAUGAAAUCGAAGAUAAAACCAUAGCAGAGAAGGACAAAACAAAAGUUAUAUAGAAAUUGUACAAAAUAAUUGU